UAGCUAGCUGUGGUUCCACUGACUACCACUAUGAUGUCGUGGUGGUUGGCGGUGGUCAUGCGGGCUGUGAAGCUGCAGCGGCUGCUGCCAGGUCUGGGGCCAAGACCCUGCUGCUCACCCACAAAAUAGCAACAAUUGGUGAGAUGUCUUGCAAUCCUUCAUUCGGUGGCAUUGGCAAGGGCCAUCUGAUGAGAGAGGUUGACGCGUUGGAUGGACUGUGCGCAAGAAUAGCAGACAGAGCAGGGAUUCAGUUUAAGGUGCUGAAUAGGAGGAAGGGACCUGCAGUAUGGGGUUUGCGGGCGCAAAUCGACCGGGAUCUGUACAAGAGACACAUGCAGGAGGAGAUACUGAACACCCCUAAUCUCACAGUGGAAGCUUCCUCAGUGGAGGAUCUGAUCAUAGGGGAUGUGCAAGCUGAGCGGGAAGGUACCACUGCCGGAAAGGGAUGCCAUGGUGUAAUCCUCAAGGAUGGUAGCCAUGUAAGCAGUAGAGCAGUAGUCCUGACAACCGGUACAUUUCUCCGGGGAGUGAUUCAGAUUGGAAUUGAUGAACGGCCUGCAGGACGCUUGGACGAUGAGCCCACGAUAGGUCUGGCAAAGACGCUGGAGAAUGCUGGCUUCACUCUAGGAAGGCUGAAGACAGGUACUCCACCCAGACUGGAUGGACGGACAAUUGACUACAGCCAACUAGAGAAGCACAGGGGUGAUGCCCAACCAACUCCCUUCUCCUUCAUGAACGACAGGGUGACAAUAAAGCCCGAGGAUCAAGUGGUGUGUCACUUGACACACACGACGCCUGGCAUUGGACCAAUCAUCAUGGAGAAUAAACACCUCAACGUGCACAUCAAAGAGACAGUCACAGGGCCAAGGUACUGCCCGUCUAUUGAGUCCAAAAUCUUCAGGUUUGGCAUGGACAAGUGUCACCAGAUCUGGUUGGAACCAGAAGGUCUGAACACAGACACUGUGUACAUGCAAGGCUUCUCAAUCACGCUACCAGCCGAUCUUCAGGAUCAAUGCAUUCACAUGGUGAAAGGGCUGGAAAACGUGGUCAUGACUAGACCAGGGUACGGGGUGGAAUAUGACUUCAUGGAUCCCAGGCAGAUCAAGAGUACCCUGGAGACCAAGCGACUGCAGAAUCUGUUCUUUGCCGGUCAGAUCAACGGCACGACAGGCUAUGAAGAGGCUGCAGCUCAGGGAAUCAUAGCGGGGCUGAACGCUGCCCUCCUGGCAAGAAACCAACCGGCGUUCAGCGUCAGUCGGACGGAGGGCUACAUCGGGGUCCUGAUCGAUGACCUGAUUACCCAGGGUACCUCGGAACCCUACCGCAUGUUCACCAGUCGCUCCGAGUUCCGCAUGACGCUGAGGCCAGACAAUGCAGACCAGAGACUCACAGGCAGAGGUUAUGAAGCUGGAUGUGUGAGUUGUCACAGAUACCAGAGAGCCCAAGCCACAGCCGACAGACUCCAGGAAGGGAUGGAGGUCCUACAAUCAGUGCGUCUGUCACGGUCCAAGUGGAGACAAGGCAUGGAAGAGCAACGAGUACAAACGCCGCUAACAGAGGCCAGUCCAGGCAAGAUAAGCGCAUUUGAGAUGCUGGCGUACCCAAAUGUGACCCUGGCCCAUCUAGCUGCGGUGUCACCUGACCUGAAGACCUACGCAGAUGAUGAAAGCAUUGCAAUGAGGUUGAAGGUGGAAGGCAUCUAUGCACCAUUGCUACGCCAACAGCAGUGCGACAUCGAUCAAGUCAAGCGAGAUGAGUCACUGGUACUACCAGCUGAUAUCGACUAUGACAGUAUCAACAUAUCCAGGGAAGCUAUUGCAAAGCUAUCUACAGUGAGACCUCAAACAAUAGCAGCAGCCAGUCGCAUUGAGGGAAUGACCCCAGCUGCCGUGCUGCAACUGCUGUACCAUGUCAAGCGACGAGAGAGACAGUCAUUGGCGGUGUGA